AUGCUAUUGUUUCGCAACCUCUUCCUCCUGCUCUGGGUCACAAUCUUCGCAGGUGGGUGGGGCGUCCUGUGCACGUGUUGUUGAGCACGCGAUUGUUUACGUCUGGCUGUUUUUUGAACAUGAGAUUGUAGUCGGGAGAGGCGGGCUGUAUCAUAAGUUUUUAUGUAGUUGUUGCCACUGCGCUUUUCGACUUGUGAUGCGUACAAAAAAUUUUUAAAAAAAUUGAAUUUUCACUGAGGGCUGAAAAAGAGAGUGUUUUUUGUCUAUAGAGGUCAGAAAUUGAGAGUGAGAGGCUUUCGUGGUGGGACCAGAGGCUUCUAAAAAACGCGAAAUUUAUAAAAAAAAUCAAAAAAGCGGUGAGAGUGGUCGAAAUAAUAAAUACUAGUCCGUUCAUAAAGUCGCUGGAGUCAUUUCGGCGGCAUGGAUUGUGCAAGAAAAAUCGCAAAAAUCACUCCAGCAAAUUUGCGAACGGACUAUCAGUCUGUCGGGAAAAUGACGGCGGGUCGUCGCAGCAAAAUGUUUCGCCUCGCCGGAAAAAAGGCGCUGAAUCCCAAGCUCCGGCAGCCAUCGCAAAGCGACGAUGGGCGAUUUUAAGGCGCACCGACUCGCAGUUAUUUUCCCGACAGACUGAUACUAUACGGUAUCGGUCUGUCGGGAAAAUAAUCUAGACUCUGUCGCAUAGAAAAUUGCAUCGGCGCUGAGGAAAUGAAUCGUGUCGCUAUUAGCGCAGCAACACACCGCUUAUCAUUUUCUGUCGGAAAAAUAAUGUGGAUUUUCACGCCUUGGAAUCGGCCAUCAUGGCUCUGCAACGGCUAGCUUUUUCCCGACAGACUGGUAGUCCGUACGCAAAGUUGAUGGAGUAAUUUUCACGGUUCUUCUUGCACAAUGUAUGUCGCUAAAAUUCGUCCAGCGACUUUGCGAACCUACUAGUAAUCUCCGCGACGGAUCCACAGUAUUUUCCCGACAGCCUGACAUGCUGACAAUAACUAUAAUAAGUGUCUGCCCUCCCUAAAAUUCAGCCUAUUUCAGCCAGCACAAAGCACACGAUUUGCCGCGACGGCGUGAAUCGAAAGGACGCGAUCUGCCCCGCCGGAUCGGACUGCUUCUUCCCCGCAGGUCUCAACGCCAACACCGGCCGCUUCUUCGGGAUCUGCCUCUCGCACAGUGGGUUCGAAUCGCGACGCCUAAGGGCUGCAUUUCAAAACUGAAUUUAAUAAUUUUAUUUUUAGAUCGGACGGAUCUCGCAGCCUCGGAUCGAUGA